UCCUCUCGGUGAACGCGUUGGAAAGGGACGGCGUGUUACCACCAUGCCGGUUUACUUUCAGCGACCGGAAAAUGCUCUGAAAAGAGCCAACGAGUUUAUCGAAGUUGGAAAGAAAGAACCAGCUUUGGAUGCAUUGUAUGAUGUCAUUAAAAGCAAGAAACAUCGCACAUGGCAAAACAAGAUCCACGAACCCAUUCUUUUCAAGUACUUGGAGCUGUGUGUUGAUCUCCGAAGAAGUCAUAUCGCUAAGGAGGGAUUGUAUCAGUACAAGUUGAUUUGCCAGCAAGUUAACAUUGUAUCACUUGAGGAUGUCAUUCGUUACUUCCUCAAGCUUGCAGAAGACCGUGCAGAUGCCGCACGGCAAGAGUCUCGUGAUCAAGUCCCAAUUGUAGAUGACUUGGAUCAGAUUCAGACACCAGAGAGCAUAUUACUCAGUUUUGUUAGUGGUGAGGACACUCAGGAUCGUACUGACAGAGUAAUGUUGACACCUUGGGUCAAGUUUCUGUGGGAAGCAUAUCGCAACGUUUUAGAACUGCUGCGAAAUAAUGCUCGAGUGGAGAAGCUGUAUCAUGACACUGCUCAACAAGCUUUCAAGUUCUGUUUGAAGUAUUCCCGUCGCACAGAAUUUCGAAAGCUAUGUGACAAUUUGAGAAAUCAUUUAAACAAUGCUAUCAAGCACCAAGGGCAGCCAAAUACGGUGAACCUCACCAACCCAGAGACUCUACAGCUUCACCUGGAAACGCGACUUGCUCAGUUGGAGAGUGCCAUCAACAUGGAACUGUGGCAGGAAGCAUUUAAAGCUGUAGAAGAUGUCUAUGGACUCAUGCAGCUUUCCAAGCGACCUCCAAAGCCUCAGGUGAUGGCCAACUAUUACCAGAAGGUUGCUCUUGUCUUCUGGAAGGCUGAGAACUACUUAUUUCAUGCCUGCACUCUUCAUCGUCUGUACGUGCUGUCGAGAGAACAGAAGCGGACGAUUACCACCGAGGAACAUCAGAAAAUGGCAUCCAGAGUUAUGCUAGCCACACUGGCCAUUCCAAUCCCAGUGUCGCUUAGUGAGACAGAGAAGCAUCUGGAGUUGGACGAGAUUGCACGUGAGAAAUCCCGCCGUUUAGCAGGCCUCCUUGGGCUGCAGACCAUCCCUACAAGGGCAUCGCUCAUAAAUGACAUGGUAAGGAUUAUGUUUUUGUGUGGCAUUUUUACAACCUACUACGUAACAAGGCAACAGAUGACUCAAAACCUAAUGACAGUCCUCAGUGGCAACAACUGUAUUGCAGACUACAGAAACAUAACAAUAAUUGUUGAGAAAAACCAUUGUGGAGUAUCCAGCCACUGGGCACUGGAGAUUGUAGACUCUACUCUUAUUGGUUCAGUUGGGAAUGAGUGCAUUUGUUUUUUGUUUUCAAUCCUUAUUUUGUUUUGUUGCAUUAUGCAGGUGCGCAUUGAUCACAGAACUAAGGCCAUCAGUUUUGGACUUGACUUGCAUGUGGCUCACAAAGAGGAGGUGCCAGAAGGACCGUACCUGCAGUCAAUGCCAUCAGAGCGUCUAAGAAAUCAGUUGACACUGAUGUCUACAGCAUUGCACAAGGCGAUCACCAAAAUACAACCUGAGGCCAUCAAGCAAAAGUGCCAAGAGGAACAGCAAAGGAUUGUCCAGGUGUAUUUACGCUCUUCAAAGAAGGAACACAAGCAGAUGCUGGAGAGGAAGCUUGUGAUUGAGGCUCGCAAAGAAUAUCUAGAGUCUCUUCAUGUUAAAAGGGAACGAGAAGAACAGAAGAUGUUGAGGUUACAGCAAAAAGAGAAUUUAGAAGCAGAACAGAAGCGUCUCAAUGAAGAGAGACAGAAGAGGGAGGUACUGCGUAGAAAACAAGAGCUUCAGGAGAUCGAGAAGAAGCAGGCCAUGGACAAGAUUGCUGCACUCAAGAAAACUACUGUUGGUGCCAAGGCUCUGAAGGAUUUAACAGAGGAGGAAAUUGAAGCCAUGGAUGCAGAUGAUAUCCUGGCCAGACAAGUGGAACAACUUGACAAAGAGAAGAGAGAGCUGCAGAUAAGACUCAAGACUCAAGAAAAGAAGAUGGAUUACCUUGCACGAGCAAUGCGAGUGGAGGAGAUUCCAAAGCUAAAACAGCAGUAUGAAGAACAUCUUGUGCAGGACAAACAGUUCUGGGAAGAACAAGAGGAGGAGAGGCGUAUGAACGUACGAAGAGCCAAUAUUUUUUCUUAACAGGAAAAGAUGGCAGAAUUCCAAAAACGUCUGGAUGAGGCCAGGAAGCAACGCAUGGAAGAGCGCAGGAAAGUACGCAUUGCGGAGCGGAAGGUGAAGCGAAAGAUUGAAAAGGAAGAAAAGGAAAAGAAGGAGAGAGAAGAGAGGGAAAAAAGAGAGCGCGAAGAGGCUGAGGAGAAGGCUCGUAAAGAGAAGGAGGAGAAAGAACGAGAGUAUCGUGAGCGUAUUGCUAGGAUGGACGAGUUGGAACGUAAGCGGCGAGAAAGAGAGAAGGAGAUUGAAGAAAAGGAAAAUCUAUCUCGAAGCAAACCUGAGACUGAUCGAGAUGGUCCAGCCAGACCAGUGGACCGCGACAGAGACGGAGACCAGUGGGGUCCACCUCGCAGGGAUAUGAAAGACGAAAGAGAAGGAAGAGACGAGCCAAAAGGUGGUGCACCAUGGAGGCGUGAUGAUCGCGAACGUGAACGUGAUGGUCCACCACCAGGCCGUGAAGAGGAGUGUGAUCAGGAACUUGAUCGGCGUCGUGGUGGUGAUAGCCGAGAUGACCGUUUCCGUGACGAUCGUUUCCGUGAUGAGCGUUCCCGCGACGAUCGUUUCCGCGAUGAUCGUUUGCGUGACGAUCGUCCCCGUGAUGAUCGCUUCCGUGACUCAGGUCCAGGCGGGACCUGGAGACGGGAUGACCGCGACAGAGAAGGGCCUCGUGAUGAGGGAUCAUCUUGGAGGAGGCCUGGGGACAGAGAUGGUCCCCCGAGACGUGACAUGGACCGUGGAAGAAUGGAUGACCGUGGUCCCUGGAGGAGGGAUGACCGUGACCGUCCUCCCGUAAGUGGAUGGCGUGACCGUGACCGUGAUCGUGACGAACGUGACCGUCCACCACCAAGUGCUUGGCGUGCGCGUGAUGACCGCGGGCGAGAUGAUCGCGGACGUGACGACCGAUGGCGUGACGAUCGUGGCCGUGACGAUCGUGGCCGUGACGACCGUGGUCGUGACGACCGAUGGCGUGACGAUCGUGGACGCGAUGACCGUGGACGCGAUGAACGUGGACGCGAUGAAGGUGGACGCGAUGAACGUGGUCGCGAUGAUCGUGGACGCGAUGAACGUGGACGCGAUGAACGUGGACGCGAUGUUCGUGGACGCGAUGAACGUGGACGCGAUGAUCGUGGGCGUGACGACCGUGACAGACCGAUGGCUUGGCGGGGACGUGAUCGAGAUGAGCGUGACCGUCCAUCAGGGGAUUCUUGGCGUCCUGACCGUGAUCGCGGUGAUCGGGAUCGUGGAGGCCGUGAAGGAGACCGCUUUAGAGGAGAUCGAGAUCGUGAUGAUCGUGAUCGCCCUGGGUGGAGGAAUGAGCGUUCAGAUGAUCGUGACCGUGAUCGUGAUACGUGGAGAGCUAGAGGGGAUGAGCCAGGUCGUGAUCAGUGGAGACGAGAACCACCCCCUGCACGUACUGAAGGAAAAUCCUGGUCAGCGUCCCGUCGCGGUCGCGAACGACCCCCUGCAGAGCAAUCAGAUCCAGAGGGUUGGACCACAGUUCAGUACAAAUGUGGACGCGAUGAACGUGGUCGCGAUGAUCGUGGACGCGAUGAACGUGGACGCGAUGAACGUGGACGCGAUGUUCGUGGACGCGAUGAACGUGGACGCGAUGAUCGUGGGCGUGACGACCGUGACAGACCGAUGGCUUGGCGGGGACGUGAUCGAGAUGAGCGUGACCGUCCAUCAGGGGAUUCUUGGCGUCCUGACCGUGAUCGCGGUGAUCGGGAUCGUGGAGGCCGUGAAGGAGACCGCUUUAGAGGAGAUCGAGAUCGUGAUGAUCGUGAUCGCCCUGGGUGGAGGAAUGAGCGUUCAGAUGAUCGUGACCGUGAUCGUGAUACGUGGAGAGCUAGAGGGGAUGAGCCAGGUCGUGAUCAGUGGAGACGAGAACCACCCCCUGCACGUACUGAAGGAAAAUCCUGGUCAGCGUCCCGUCGCGGUCGCGAACGACCCCCUGCAGAGCAAUCAGAUCCAGAGGGUUGGACCACAGUUCAGUACAAAUGAAGAGUUCACACUACCCUGGCGAGGAACUGAAAUAAACAUAUCACACUACCUUGGCGAGUAACUGAAUUAAAUAGCACAUAUCUCCUUGACUUGAUGUGCACAGCUUUCCAGCCUAUUUGGAUUUGUCAUCAGAAAUAUGGUUAAAACUUGUGUGGAUUUUUGUAGUUUGACUUAAAUUAACACACUGGGUUUCACGGUGAUUAUCUCCUGUUUGGGUGAUUCAUGUACCAUCUGUAACUCUCGCUUAAACCUGCUUGAGUGUCACUCGAGUUAACCUACAAUGAGACUAAAUUGCAGGACCACACUAGAUCACAACCUGCUUGGUGGAUAUAGCUAUCCAAGACAGAAGCUUUGAAGCACGUGAUAUGUAAAAUUUACAUCUGUGUGCGUGUGUGAUUACCAAUGUAAACAGUAGGCUACGCUUCAUAUAUCAAUAUUCUAACAGGGCUCCGAGGCAUCAAGGUCGAACUUCUUUAUUUGGUGGUGUUCUUGGAACACGCGGAACUUAACAAAUCUGCAAUUUUGUCCUGAAAGCCUCGGAGCCAUGUUAGAACAUUGAUAUAUCGAUCGCGGCCUAUUUAAAACCUGUUUAUUAAGAAUAACUCGAGCCAGGGUAGAUGGCGGCAAAUGAAUGUUGUUGUCAAUAAAUGAUUUAUGCAAGUC